AUGCAAGACGACAGUUCAGAAUCCUCUACUUCAAUAUCUCAACUUCUGAGAGAAAGUUAUUUAGCUGAAACUAAACAUCAAGGGAAGAGUGAAAGAAGCAGAUCAGAAACAGCUUCUCAUAAUUUUCAUUAUGGCAAUGCCUCUGGGGAUUCAGAUGAGGUAACUGCCCAAGAUGACCUUCCAGAUCUCUCUGCCUUUUUAAGCCAAGAAGAGCUAGACCAAAGUGUAAACCUGGCAAGACAAGCUAUUGGUCAGAAUCCACUGGAAAUUAAACAGGAUGAGCUUCAGGCACAUUCACAGCAUCCCCCAGAUCAGCUGAAAAACACAGGAAAACACAAACAAAUGGCCCAGUCUACAGCUUUGAAAACAUCAGACAAUGGCCCGCACUCAAACCUUUGUCAGGACCAUGUAAAGGGCUCAAAAGGGAGCCCUCAAGAUCUAAAGAAACAACACCUCCCUUCUGAAUCAGAGUCAAAAAAGGAAUUCCUAAACAAAGCAGCAGAUUUUAUUGAGGAGCUCUCCUCACUUUUCAAAGCUCACAACUCUGAAAGAAUAAGACCCCGAACAUGCAAAAACUACAGGAGCAAAAUUGAUUCUAAGAAUAAGGCUGCUCAUAAAGGUAGCUCUAGCCUACUUAGCACAUCAGAAAACAGAGAAAGGCUUUCCAUUCCAGUACCUCAAGACUUGGAAAACGACGCAGAGAAACCAUUUGCACAAAGAGAUGACCAACAGGAGGCAAGCUUGGAACCUAUCAAUCAAUUAACAAGUGAGGAGCUAAAAUCAGAGUCAGAAUCUGCAUCUGUGUGUUCUGAUGAGCCUAUUGGACAACCACCACGCUUUACUCAAAAACUGAAGAGCAGGGAAGUUCCUGAAGGAACCAAAGUGCAAUUGGACUGCAUUGUGAUAGGAAUCCCAGCACCUGAAGUCAGGUGGUACUGUGAAGGGAAGGAACUUGAAAACUCACCAGACAUUCAAAUUAUCCAGACAGGUGAUCAACACUCAUUGAUUAUCGUUGAAGCCUUUGAGGAGGAUACAGGACGUUACUCGUGCUUUGCUUCAAAUAUCUAUGGAACAGACUCCACUUCUGCAGAGAUUUACAUAGAAGGUAUCUCUUCGUCUGAUUCUGAAGGUGAAAUCAUCAGAGACGAAAUGGAUCACAAACCAAGGCCAGCUGACACCUCCUUGAACGCUGCAUCUCCUGCUGCUAGAACUGCAAUCAAACAUCAAGAAACCUCCAAGGCACCAUCUGCCACAGCUCAGCCUGUGUCUGUUCCUGUCCAGCCUGUGUCAACAGGAAUUAAUCAGGCUCAAAGCCCCACUAACUAUUUGCAAGGAUUGGAUGGAAGACCUAUAAUUGCUGCUCCUGUAUUUACAAAGAUGUUACAGGAUAUUUCAGCUUCUGAGGGGCAGCUUGUUGUCUUUGAAUGUCGUGUGAAAGGAGCUCCUUCCCCAAAGGUUGAAUGGUAUAGAGAAGGAACACUGAUAGAAGAUUCUCCAGAUUUUAGGAUAUUACAGAAAAAACCCCGAUCUAUGGCUGAGCCAGAGGAAAUUUGCACCCUUGUUAUUGCUGAAGUAUUUUCAGAAGAUUCUGGCAGUUUCACCUGUACUGCAAGCAAUAAAUAUGGCACUGUGUCUAGUAUAGCUCAUCUAACUGUCAAAGCAUCUGAAGACAACAGUAAUGCUGAUACCCUUCACACAAUGAGCUCAAUCAACUUAACUGCUGCUGAACAUCAACCUCCCCCAUGUACUCCUUCCUAUCAUGUCAUAAAUCAAACCCCUAAGCCUAAACUUGAAGGUGUUCUUGUGAACCACAAUGAACCCAGGUCGAGUUCCAAGAUAGGUCUCCGUGUGCAUUUCAAGCUGCCUGAAGAUGAUAAAGGCAGUGAGUCAUCAUCAGAGGAUGGACCCGGUGCUACAAACCAAAUCAGACCCAACUAUUUCCAAGAGAGAAUAAAUGGACAGCCAAUGAAAAUACCAGAGCCAACAUCACCCUCCAAGGAACCUCCUCCAGUACUGGCUAAACCAAAGCUUGAUCAGACCCAGCUAAAACAGCUCCAGAACCAGGUCUUGCUUGAACAGCAGCUGUAUCAGACAUCUUCAAGAGAGCUGUCAUUCAACACAGCUUUAUUGAAUUCUGCUACUUCACUCCAGCAACAGUCCACCUCGACUGUGUACAGGCAGAGCAAAGUCUCUGCUUCCCAAGCAUUCAGCUACAGCCGACAGAAGCAGCUCCCACCAUCACAAACCACACUGCCUACCAGCUCCUCUUUCAGCUCCUCAGUGACAACAUUCAGCAACGUCCCUCAAGGAACUCAAAGAACAAAUCACAAGGAAAAUUCCACAGGAAAUCCUCCCUCUGCCCAACCAAGGUCUUCAGGAGGGUUUACCAGCAAAAAUGAACAGUCCCUACCAAGCCCUAAAGAAUCCAUGAUGCCUCCAUUAACACUUCCUACAUCUGGUGUAAAACAGUUCCAGCCACAGAGUGUGACUCCUGCUCCUGUCUCCCCAACUGGUCGGAUUCAGAAUCCAGUAGCUUUCCUUAGUGCUGUUCUUCCUUCACUUCCUACUGUGCCAUCCACCAAUGCUAUGGGACUGCCCAGAAGUUCACCAGCCACUCCGACCCAGGGAUUAACUAAGAAAAAUCUGAAGCCUCUGCCAUUAGCAACAGAUGAUUCUAUUCGGGAAAAUAAAGCUGCACUUGUAAAGGACCUGGAAAGAAACCUGCAUUUCAGAGAGGAUGGUAAUCAUCAAAGUAGUCAGCAGGAAUACAGGAUUUCAAGCUUUGAGCAGAGGCUGAUGAAUGAAAUAGAAUUCCGCCUGGAACGUACCCCAGUGGAUGAAUCAGAUGAUGAAGUCCAACACGAGGAAAUCCCUACAGGCAAAUACAUAGCCCCAAUCUUUGAUAAGAGACUCAAGCACUUUCGGGUAAUGGAAGGAUCUCCUAUCACAUUCACUUGCAAAAUAGUUGGAAUACCUGUUCCCAAGGUAUACUGGUUCAAGGAUGGCAAGCAGAUUUCAAAGAAAAACCCGCAUUUCAAAAUGAACCGAGAAGGAGACGGAACAUGUUCUUUACAUAUUGAAGCUUCUACUAAUGACGAUGAUGGCAACUAUACAAUCAUGGCUGCAAACCCUCAAGGGAGAAUCAGUUGUUCAGGCCACCUGAUGGUUCAGAGUAUUCCUGUUCGAGGCCGAGUAUCCACAAAUCAGCCUCACAGAACACGACCCCGGGUGCCAGAAGGAGACAAAGAGGCAGUUCAAGAACGCUUUUUCAGGCCAUACUUUCUACAGGCUCCAGGUGACAUGGUGGCACAUGAAGGACGACUUUGUAGGUUGGACUGUAAGGUGAGCGGGCUACCAACUCCAGAGCUGACGUGGCUUCUGAAUGGCAAACCUGUGCUACCAGAUGGCACCCACAAGAUGCUGGUCAGAGAGACUGGAGUUCACUCCCUGCUUAUUGAUCCUCUCUCACAAAAUGAUGCUGGAACUUACACUUGCCUUGCCACUAAUAAAACAGGACAAAAUUCAUUUAGUCUGGAGCUCACUGUUGUAGCAAAGGAAGUAAAAAAAGCCCCCAUGUUUUUGGAGAAGCUUCAGAACUGUGGUGUUCCUGAAGGGUACCCUGUCAGAUUAGAGUGCAGAGUUGUGGGAAUGCCACCCCCUGUAUUUUACUGGAAGAAGGAUAAUGAGACCAUCCCAUCAAACAGAGAGAGGAUGAGCAUGCAUCAAGAUACAACAGGGUAUGUCUGCCUCCUGAUUCAACCUGCCAAGAAAACAGAUGCUGGCUGGUACACUUUGUCUGCAAAAAAUGAAGCUGGUAUUGUGUCUUGUACUGCCAGACUUGACAUCUAUGCUCAGUGGCACCGUCAGAUUCCACAGCCAAUAAAGCUUCGACCUGGGGGCAGCCGAUACGCAAACCUCACCGGCCAAGGACUCGAUAUUUUUUCUGCCUUCCCAACUACCGAAAGUUCGAUGCUGUUUUCACCCCCAACCCAAAAGGUGGUGGAGAGUGAAGAACUUUGAAAAAAAGCAAACAGCUGUUCCAGUCACACCUGCAGAGAUACUAGAACUG